AUGGCUUCCUCCUCCCGCGCGCUCAACGCGAUCCUCCCGCAAAUCGCGACCGCGCCCUACGAGGCGCACCAAAAAGCGCGCACCUUCGCCGCGCGCUACGUGAAGUCGAACCAGCUCGACACCGCCAUCGAUGUGCUCUUCCAGUCCGCGCGCGAGCUACUGAAGACCGGCCAGCCGGGGUCGGGCGUGGACCUCGCGGGAUUCAUGCUGGAGGUGUAUGAGACGAAGGGGGAGAAGGUGACGGAUGAGAGUCGGGGAAGGGUGACGCAGCUGAUUGCGCUGACGGGGUCCGAGGGGACGUGGAGGAAAUCGCUGAUUGACAAGGCGGUUGCCUGGUCAGCCAAGCACGGCGCGUACCCCAGUGGCGAUCCCGAUCUGCAUCACUAUAUCGGCUCCCUGCUCGUCAAAGAGGGUGCCUACGACGUCGCCGAGCAUCACCUUCUCGCAGCUGGCCUGCGCGAUAGCGCACGGCUGCUCGCAGAAUCCUUUAUACGCUGGAUGGAAGCGGGCGGCGAAGCAGGAAACUACGCGCUGAAGGGCACUCUACCCUACCUUCUCAACGGCAACAUCCUCGCCGCCCGCACCUUCAUCACCACCUUCGUCGCCCAACUUCCCCAGUCCGAGCUCGUCUCCGCACCACCGCUGCAAGCCGGGGACUCAGUGCAACUGGUCCAAGCCAAGGACGGCGUCGUCAACUUCUGCCAAGCAGCCGUCCUGGCAUGCCAGCGCGCGAAUGGGGACCGCAACAAGGUCAUGCGUGAGAGCUGGGUGCGGCUGUGUGGGACGUACCAGAGCCGCGGAGGUGCGUUGGCGCAGCCGGAGGUCAGGAGGAUCCUCAACGAGAUCGGCGGCCUCUACUUUUCGCUUCCCCCGCCCAGGAGUCAGGGCGGAAACCCGAUGGCCGACAUGAUGUCGUCGCUGUUUGGCGGCGGGGCGCCGCAGGCGCAACCCGCGAGGAGACAGCUUGUACCUGCGCUGCCGCCAGCGGCGAUUACGCAGGAGCUGGAUUAGGUGGUGGGUGGGCAGAGCGAUGAGGGAUGAGGGAUGCAGGUGUGCAGAUGGACUGCUUUUCUUUUUGCAAUGGUUGGCAGUGUAGGAGCGAGGUAUACAGUUUUACAGCUCUGUGGAUUACACGAGUGUUGUAGGAAAUGAGCAAGUGCAUAUUUUUUACAAUGGUUUUCGUGGGUCAACGUCAG